AUGACUGGGGCGAACGGCAUGCCAGAGAUGAUGAAGCUGGAGAGUGUGUCGUUGUAUCCUCUGGGCUCGACAGCUGCCUCUGUCCCUGAGAUGCUGUGUAUCUUCGGGACCGGGGACUUAGGGCGCUCUCUAGGCCAGCGUCUGCUCCAGUCUGGCUACAGGGUGGUGUACGGCAGCCGCAGACCUCACAGCUGUGGCCCCUUACCUCAGGGAGCUCAGGUGAUGGACCAUGCAGCGGCGGCCCAAUCAGCCAGUCUUAUCUUUAUUUGUAUUCACAGAGAACACUAUGAAUUCCUAGAGACAAUGGCGCCUCAUCUUGCAGGAAAGGUGCUGGUGGACCUCAGUAACAACCUGAAAAAAGACAUGUACCCAGAGGCCAAUGCCGCCUACCUGCAGAGACUGGUCCCUGGAGCUGCUGUGGUGAAAGGCCUUAACACGCUGUCUGCCUGGGCCCUGCAGAAUGGACUACUGGCAGGAAAACAGGUGUACCUGUGUGGGAGCAGUGCAGAAGCAAAGCAGGCAGUAGCAGAGAUGGCCACAAAGCUGGGCCUCACUGUUCUGGAUAAAGGGUCUCUGUCUGCAGCCAGAGAGCUGGAGGACUUCCCCCUGCGACUGUUUCCAGAGUGGAGGCUGCCCCUGUGUGUGGCUGCCGGCCUCACUGCCUUCUUCUUCUUCUAUCUCCUCAUUAGAGAUGUCAUCUACGCAUACGUUGAACAGCGGAAUGAUAUCUCCUACAGAAUCGCGUUGACCCUGGGAAACAAGGUGUUUCCCAUUGUGUCUCUCAUCAUGUUGUCUCUGUGUUACCUACCUGGUGUCAUAGCUGCCUUCUCUCAGCUCUACAGAGGAACUAAGUACAGGCGCUUCCCUGAUUGGCUGGACCGCUGGAUGCUGUGCAGGAAGCAAAUAGGUUUGAUUGCACUGGGCUAUGCUUUUCUCCAUGCCAUCUAUACAUUUGUCACUCCUACUCGCUAUGCUGUCAGACACAAACUAAUCUCGACUGUGGUGGAUGAGAUGAAGAACAAUAAGACCACCCCAUUCUACUUUGAUAACACAGAGGCAUGGGGACAAGACUCAUUUUAUGUGCUGGGAAUCCUUGGCUUCUUUCUUUAUGUCCUGCUAGGAUUAACAUCACUGCCCUCUGUGGGAGGCUCUCUCAGCUGGAGAGAGUUCAACUUCAUUCAGUCAAAACUGGGCCACCUGACCCUGCUCAUAUGCACAACACAUGGCUACAUCUACGGCUGGAACAAAUUUCUCCGUCCAUCUACCUACAAAUGGUACACUCCACCUGGCUACAUGCUCUGUCUGACUGUGCCUUCUGUGGUGCUCGUGCUUAAAGCACUUAUCCUCCUCCCCUGCGUGGAUCGAAGCCUAACCCGCAUUCGACAAGGCUGGGAGAGGACCCAGCCAAGAGAGGAGGAGGUAGGUAAGGCCACCAACUUGUGA